AUGGACACAGGCACAUCUACCUCUUCGACCGCGCGGCCAUUUUUCAGAGUUCUAGGAAACGCAAAGCUUAAAUUACUUGCUGUGUUCUUGACCGUCUCGACCAUCCUCCUCCUCACACUAUAUUCGGGGGGCUUAUCAGAAGACAUCUCCUCUAGCGCGAAGGACAAGCUUGCGGAUGAGAAAGACUACUGGACAUGGGAAACGAGCACCCGAUUCCGGAAAUCCAAGUAUGACAAUGACAGCGAUGACAACGAGAGCUCGCAAAAUGCAACCUGUGACACUUUCCCAUCAGACGUGCUAUCGCGCGUUCAGAUUAUCUUGAAAACCAGCGCAACCGAAAACGCAAAACGAGUCGACACACACAUGGCCUCUGUAACUCGCUGCAUUUCCAACUUACUAGUUGUAUCAGACAAGGAGACCGAGCUCCACGGGCAUCGUGUGCACGAUAUCCUAGCCGAUCUCCCACCCUCAGCCCGGAAUCUGAUUCCGGAGUUCGAAGGGUACGAUGCGCUACAGCGCGGGGAGAGCAAUAUCGACGGCGCAGCGGGAUGGAAACUCGAUCGAUUCAAGUUCCUGCCCAUGGUGGAACGGGCUAAGAAAACGAACCCUAGCGCGGAGUGGUACGUCUUUCUCGAGACGGAUACUUACUUCGUGUGGGAUAACCUGUUCCGGAUGCUGGAACAGUUCGACUCAUCAUUCCCUCUUUAUAUGGGAUCACCCGCGCCGGGCCGCAAUAUCGGUGAUGGGAAAGUCAACUGGUUUGCUUACGGUGGCUCGGGCUUUGUGCUGUCCAGAGCUGCGGUUGAUACAUUGGUGGCGCGGGAGAUUGGUAAACAUGGGCAGUUUAUUGGACAAUCGCUCAGCGAACAGUAUAUGCAGGUGGUGAAGGAUGACUGCUGUGGCGAUUCUGUGCUUGGGUUUGCGCUGUAUGAAAAGGGCAUUGAGUUGUCUGGGAUGUGGCCGAUGUUCAAUGCGCACCCGCUGGACUCGAUUCCCUUUGGGGACAAGCAUCACUGGUGCCAGCCUGCGAUCAGUAUGCAUAAAUCACAAUUGAGUGAUAUGAUCGGGCUGGCAGACUGGGAGGAUGGGCGGGAUAGAACGAACCCCUUGCUAUACGCAGACUUGAUAGACUACCAUCGCCUGGGACAGUUGCCAGAGCGAAAAGGAUGGGAUAAUGGAGCCUGGGGUGGAAUUAUCGAACAACCUGAUACUCUACCCCAGCAUGAGUCAUUAGAAGCCUGUCGUCAGACAUGCCAUGACAGGGAUUGGUGUAUGUCUUACACUUAUGACAUCGCUGGAGCCUGUGUGUUUGUGCAGAGCUUACGACUUGGGGCUGCCAGCAAGCCGGAGAUUGCCGACCAAUUCACAGCUGGAUGGGACAACGACAAAAUCCAAAGUUGGCGGGCAAACCACACGUGUGAAAAACCCAUGUGGAUGAAGCCGAGUUUGACGAGAAUUUUCUGA